GGCGAAUGUUCUGACCUCACAGGUCCCUUAGCCCGUGUAGGGAUGUAUUUUGGAAUAUACUGUGAUUUCAGCUGGUGGCUGUAAUACACUGUUAACAUUGGAUGCCAACCACCCUUAAUUAAAACCCCUACAAGUAGGGAGAAGCCCCUGACUGCAGUUCGGGGCCGGGCUCACUGUGGGCGGAGUCAAACGCAUUUAACCCGAACCCUUCGAGACGCACCUGACUGCAUCAGGUGUACUUGGAAGUAGGAGGUGGAAGAUAGCUGUCAGAGCGUUAUGGACAGAAUGGACAACUUUGAACAAGUAAUUUUUGGGGUAGAGCCGAAUUGGCCAGUGAUUCUGACAGUCACUGCAUGCGGUACAGGUGCCUUGAUGCUUUUCCUGAAUUGGUUGGGACACAGACAGUCGUGGAAGAAAAUUCAGAGAGCGAAAGCCCGAAAAGAAACGUCCUUGCAACGAGCAGAGCUUGCUGUCCUUCAGUUCAACGAAUCUCACCCUGAAACGGACACCUCUCUCAUCCUCUCACUGUCACUGGCGGAGCUGUCCAAACAACUGAAGGGCGGAACACUAACUCCAGAAGCUGUGUUCCACUCAUACGUGGAAAAGGCAUUGGAGGUGAAUAGAAGACUGAACUGUUGCACUGAGGUCCUGCUGGAGAGUUGGGAUCAGCUGAAGGAUAUUGGCUCUCACAAGGAUGGUCUCCUUUAUGGGGUCCCUGUCAGCAUCAAGGAAAAUAUUGGAUAUAAGGGUCAUGACUCUACGUGUGGCGUAAUCUGUAAGUUGGACCUUCCUGCCACAGGGGACAGUGUGCUGGUUGAAGUGCUGAAGAGACAAGGUGCCAUUCCCUUCGUCAAGACCAACGUACCCCAAAGCCUGCUAAGCUACGACUGCGGUAAUCCCAUCUACGGUCUGACUCUGAAUCCCCAUAACCCUCAAAAGACCCCCGGGGGUUCAUCGGGCGGGGAGGGAGCGCUGAUCGGAGGAGGGGGCUCGGUCCUGGGCAUGGGCUCUGACAUUGGGGGCAGCAUACGCAUCCCUUCAUCCUUCUGUGGGAUCUGUGGCUUUAAACCCACGGCCAACAGGCUAAGUUCGCGAGGUGCUUCCUCCUGUUGCCGGGGCCAAAAGUCAGUGCUGUCGUCCUUUGGGCCCAUGGCAAGGGACGUGGAUGGCCUGGCUCUCUGUAUGCAAGCUCUGCUCUGUGACCACAUGUUCAGACUGGACCCUACUGUUCCCCCAAUCCCAUUCAACCAACAGGUAUACCAGCGUUCCAAGCCCCUGAGGAUCGGGUACUAUGAGAAUGACGGCUAUUCCAUGCCCUCUCCAAGCAUGGGCCGAGCCCUGAGGGAGACCAAGGCGUUGUUGGAGAGUGCAGGGCACACGUUGGUUCCCUUCAGUCUCCCCAGGCUGAGCUAUGCCAUGCAUGAGCUGGUUUUCAGGGGUAUGUCAGGCGAUGGAUGCGCUACCAUGCUCAGCAACCUGAAAGGAGGGCCUGUCGACCCGUCUCUGCGGCUUCAGAUUAUUCCGUACGGUUUACCUCGCACUGUGAAGAAAAUUCUAUCCAUUCUGAUCAAGCCCAUAUUUCCUCGUUUGGCUGCUUCUAUGGAUAGCAUGUGUGGAGCUAGCUCUGUGCAAGACCUGUGGAGACAGCAUGCGGAUGUGGAGGACUACGUGCACGGGGUGAUGGCAGAGUGGAGAAGGUGUGAGCUGGAUGUGCUGCUCUGUCCCAUGAUGGGUCCCGCCUACAACCAUAACUACCCUGGGAAACUCACCAGUGCGGUGUCCUACACCAUUAUGUACAAUCUCCUUAACUUCCCUGCUGGUGUGGUCCCUGUCUCCAUGGUAACAGCAGAGGACGAGGAGGAACUCAGGCACUACAAGGGCAACUAUGGGGACCUCUGGGACAAGCUCUACAGAAAGGCGGUGACUGGUGGAGAGGGGCUGCCGGUGGCUGUACAGUGUGUGGCCCUGCCCUGGCAGGACGAGCUCUGUCUGCGCUUCAUGAGAGAGGUGGAGAGGCUGUUCAGAGAGAAGAAGAAAUGAGAGAGUGAGAGAGAUGGAUGUACUAAGAGGUAGAAAGAUAGAAUGGUAAAAAGGACCUGUUCAAUCAAGCAGUUAAAUUAAUCAAUAUAAGAAAGUCACUGUUGUUGAAGUAGUAAAAAGGAAUAAAUAACAUUAUGCUGCAAGGUAAUUUGAAUAGGGUCCCCUGGCUCAAAUAAUUGUAAUUGUCCUCAGAAAGCAGGUUGGAGGAAGGACUGAUCCAAGUGCACUGAGAAACACAAAUGACUGUUCCUUGGCUGCUAACAUGUCACUUAACCUCAAAUAGGGAUAUAAAAACAUGCAUAUUUUCUUACUACACACAAAAAAAUUGGGAAAUUCUGUUUACCUCAGUCGGAAAAAAAAAACACUUAUGAAAUGACUUGGAAUUUCUAAAUUAUAGUCACCUUAUGCACUUAUUAUUAUUAUUUAGGAAAAUUCAUAUAAAUAUAUAGUAUGUCUGAUUUUCAUGUCUCAAAUUAAAAAAACUUUGUUAAUAUA